UCUUGUUUACUUUUUAUCUUAUAUUAUUAUUAUUAAAAAUGAAACAAGAAGUACAGAACACUGUAGCUAGCAGCACAGUGCACAUUCACUUUCCUCCAUGAACAGUAUGCACCUUCUGCUGCACGACCCCUCCCCUGUUUUCAGCUUUCUCCAUUCCUCACCAUACUUUCUUCACCUUUCCUUCACCAAAUCCACAAAACAAAUUCAACACUCAAUCCAACUUCUACACUUCAAUCCAAUGGGUAUUGAAACCCUAAAUUUGGCUAUAAAUAGAGGACGAAUUGGGAGGCAAUGGGGGAGGGAAAAACCAAAAAAAAAAACUCAUCUUUUCAUCACUUUUCCAAAAAUUCGAAAUCCAUUAAAACCACCUCCAAACUUCAAUUUUCUUCACCCAAAUCACUCCAAACACCUCCCUAAGCUUGAACCCACAAGAAAAACGAAAAAAAACCAUAAACAAAAGCUUACACAAGGUUCAAAAAUAGCCAAGAAAAGAGUAGGUGUUAACCCACCUGAACAAGCCUCAAAACAAUUUGAACCGGUUUAGGCCCGAUGAAUAUGAUUGUAACGAGCUUUUUACGAUAAGUUCUCGUUUUACUUGGUGUGGGGAUGGAGCUUCCGUUAUAAGCACCUCAGGAGAAUUGAUUGGAAUUACUUUCUUUGACAUGAGUACUUCAUCACCUCUUCCGCCCAUCAACCUUAUCAAUAGGAUGUGGGAGCAUUUCAAAGAACAUGGAGAAAUGCGCCACCCCUCUUAUGGUUUUGAUGCUAAGAAUCUUCGCUUCGCCCUACUGCCUACGCUUGAGAGGUUUCGGAGAUUAUUUCCAAAUGUUCCAAAUGGUCUUAUAGUUGAAAAGGUAUUCGAAGAUUAUAAUGCUGAGUCGGCGGGGCUGCAAGUUGGUGAUGUAAUCUUUGCUUGUGAUGGAAUUGAAAUAAAAAGUUUGUUACAGUUGUGGGAGCUUAUGUUUGCAAACGUUGGAAAAGAAGUCGAGCUUGAAGUGGCUCGUGUGGAUCUUAAAGUUAUCAAGAAUAUUCGUUUGAUAAUAGGUGAAACCUCAAUUGAUGAAGAGAUUUAUCGGUGGCCGAAAUAUGACUACCGUUGAAGUUGUCAAGGUUGUGAAAGAUGUGAAGUUGGAGGAGUAAUUUAUCUAUUGAGACUUUGUUGUAAUGUUAAAUGAUUUAAGUACUUUAACUUAAAGCUAUGUUGCUGCCAAAAAAACCUUUAACAUGCUUGGCCGUAACACUAAUGUUAUGUAUCCACUAUUAGGGUAUUUUGAAUCCUAAUUUCAGAUGAUAUUUUUGUCUAUGCAGAAAACCCGUCUGAGUUUACUUGACUUA